AUCUAUUCAAACUGUUGUCAACAAGGUUCGGUGACCUUACCUUGGGGAGAGUUCAAAGGACCUACCGUGCCCAAGGCUCUGCUGAAAUUAUACACUGGAAAAGGCAAAGAAUUUCAAGACAACAUUACCCAUUAUAACAAUGCGUUGUCGUUCACCUCCUUGGGAGUGAAGGUUGAUCAAUCUGUCACGGGACAAAAGGGGAUCAACACCUUCCGCGUGUCAGGACAACUAGCUCAUCGCAUUGGAUCGGCUUUGCCAGCUGCGAAGAAGACUCCAUCCUAUGCCCAGAUAUAUGUUGUUGGAGAUGGAGGCGAAGGUGAGGUGGAUGUAAGACUAGGACAUUUCAAGAAGAAAAACUUAUCAAGAGACGUGAUGCGAGAACUGCAAAAUGUAUUGAAUGAUGUUAGUCCUUACGUGGAGUUUUUAAAAUCCUCGGCUACCAUCUUAGAGUCACAACCAUCGCUCCGGAUCAUGCUGAAGACUUUACCUCCGGGUAAGAGGGAAGUGAAAACGUAUAAUAAACCCCGCCCAGAAGACGUGGCUGCAAUUGUUGAAUCAUCAGAAACUUUAGAUGAUAAGCCUUGCCACAUCAUCCUUCACCGGAAGAACAAUAGACUGAAGCACAUUUCGGAUUUAAGUACAUGUUAUUUACCGCUUUGCUAUCCGCUCAUG